AUGCUAGCGCUGCCCGCUCUCCGCGGCGUGGCGGCCUCCGCCUCAAGCGCCUUUGGGCAGCUCCACGGCGCGCUGCGCACGAUGAAGAAGCGGUCGAAGAACAUGCAGUAUACCCGGAACGGGCCGUCCUGGGGAAAGGGCACCAUCAAAGACUGGUCGCGGAGAUGGUGGCAGCCAGUCCUUCCCGCGCUCGCCGCACCGGUCGCUGCAGGCAUCGUACCCGGGGCCGAGGACUCGUCCUCGCGGCAGCGAAAGCGCGCGCUCAAGAAGCAGCAGCAGAUCAUCUCAAUGCACGCGCGCCGGAUCGAGGGCGUGAAGCGCAACGCGGCGAUCAGGGAGCAGAAGAGGGCUGCAGAGCAGGGGCGGGUGCGGGACGUGCUGCGCGAGUACGCCGACAUGCUACGCGGAUCGGCAGUGGCCGGCAAGGGAGAUCCUCCUCCAGCUCCACCCACUCCGCCGUGAUGUCUUGACUGUGGCUAUGGGGGUUGGGGCGCUGGGGCUGGGGCGCGCGUGAAGAACGUAUCUGGAAACGGUGAAAUUUUCGCGUUUCGGUUCGUGUGGGUCGCCUGUUUUCUGUAUCCAGUAUUCAAGCUAUCA